AUGGACCGGGGCCAGUGUUGGGACACUCCCGGGGCCCCGCCGCCGGCCCUCACCGCCCCGCGACCCCUCGCCUACCCACAGAUCUGCCCCCUUCAGCUGCAGCACGGAGACACACUGCUGCUGUCCGCCGACCAGACCCUGCGGUCGUACGGCGUGCGGCUGGCCGACGUCUCGGAGGACGGCUUCGAGAGCUGCUCCGCCGAGGGGCCGCCGCCGGGGGGGGCGGAGGGGUCGCUCUUCGGUCGCGGUACGAUCGGGAGCGCGCCGGCGUACCCCGUCGGGCGCCUGGUCCCGGGCCUUCACUACUUCGUCGCGGCGACGCACGAGGGCGACGGGCAGCAGCUCUGCCAGCUGGGCCUCAGGCUCAACGUGUCCGUGAGGCGACAGCUUUGCCAGAGUUCCCCGCUCGUUCGCCUUUGCUCCGGGAACGGCAUUUGUCAAGCCGGCCCCGGGGACGAGGCGUACCGCUGUCAGUGCCACCAGCACUACACCGGGAAGCUGUGCCAGAAGUUUGACGCGUGUUUGAACAACCCGUGUGGAAACAAAGGCGUUUGUUUGAGCGAUGGAUCCGGCGAUGCAGACCACAGAACAUAUAAAUGCUUGUGUCCUCCACAUUUUACAGGGGUGAACUGCUCCGAAGUCAUUGGAAGGGAAAACUGCGAGAGAGUCUGUCCGAAGGCAUCAUGUGUUCAAGUGUCACCCGUGUCCUUCAAGUGCAUCUGUGAGACGGGCUUCUCCGGUCCGGCCUGCGAGAGGAGGAACCUAGCCUGCGAUUCCGACCCGUGCGUGAACGGCGGGACGUGCGAGCUCGACGGCGACUCCUUCUCCUGCCGCUGCCUGGACGGCUUCAGCGGGCCCACGUGCGCCGUGAACUGCCUGACGUUCGGUUGUCGGAAGCCGGACGUCUGCGCCAACGCCUCGGAGUGUGCGUGUGCAGAAGGCGCCCCGGACCCAGUGUGUGGCGGGCGGGCCGGGCCGUGCCUCCCGUCACCGUGCCUGAACAACGGCAGCUGCGUUUCCCGCGGAGAUGAUUACGACUGCAGAUGUCUUGGAGGCUUUGCUGGGAAGAACUGUGAAGAACUAAUCGACUACUGCGGGCAGCUCAAUAUCAACUGCCCGAAUGAGGGAUUGUGUUUGAGUAUAAUUGGCGGCUACAAGUGUGUGUGCGCCCCCGGCUGGACCGGGGAGUUCUGCCAGCACGUGGGCGACGCCUGUAACACGCACCCGCAGAGAUGUGUGAACGGAGCCACCUGCGUCACCACCGGCCCGCUGACCCCACCCCAGCUCAUCUCCUGCAUCUGCCCUCUGGGCUUCACAGGACGCCACUGUGAGAUGCAGACGGACGAGUGUGAGUCCGGCCCCUGUCAGCACCGCGGGACGUGCGUGGCCCUGGGGGGAGACUACCGCUGCCAGUGUCCCAAGGGUUACCAUGGUAAGGCUUGUGAGCUUGAUAUGGACGCCUGCCUGCUGCCCGGGAACACAUGCCCACCGCAGACCCAGUGUUUGGACCUUCCAGAUGGGCUGAAUUACACCUGCCGCACGCCUUGCCCUCCAAAUCUACAGCCCUGCGCUCACGGAGGACGAUGCUACCUGGACGGCGGCGGCGGCAGCGGCUACACGUGCAGCUGCGCACCUGGCUGGACCGGGCCCAACUGCCGCAUAAACACCAACGACUGUGCUCAGCACCGGUGUCUUAACGGAGCCACGUGCGUGGGCGGGGCUAACGGGUACAGCUGCACCUGCCCCGGGGGGUUCACCGGGCCCUACUGCGAGGCGGGCGUGGUGGACCACUGCGUGGGUCACCCCUGCUCGCCACACGGCGUCUGCGUGGACCAGGGGCCCGACUUCACCUGUCGCUGCGCGCCGGGGUUCCAGGGGCCGCUGUGCGAGGUCCGGGUGGACGGGUGCGGCAUGGGGCCGUGUGCGGACGGGGCCACCUGCGUGGACCUGGUCGGGGGUUAUCGAUGCGUCUGCCCCCCCGGGUAUGAAGGAAGGACCUGCUCCGAGGACGUAGGCGACUGCUGGUCUCGGCCGUGUGUCAACGGAGGGUCCUGUGUGGAUCUGGUUGAUGGUUACAACUGUACCUGUCCUCUUGGUUUCGGAGGGAACGAUUGCUCUGUGGACGCGGACCCGUGCUCAGCUGGAGUGUGCAGCGACCACGCGCUUCACUGCACCGAGGCCUCUGACGGGCGAAGCGUCAGUUGUCAAUGUGAAAGCGGUUUCGGAGGGCCACUCUGUGACGUGGAUCUGAACGAGUGUGCGUCACACCCCUGCCUCAACCGGGGGACGUGCGUGGAUGGGGCUGACCUUUAUCAGUGCUUCUGUCCAGAUGGCUUUGAGGGGCUGAAUUGUGAAACAGAUCGUGAUGAAUGUGGCCACGGACACUGCACCAAUAAUUCUACAUGUAUUGACCUGGUUGCAGACUACGAAUGCAUAUGCCCUUUGGGAUUCACCGAUAAAAACUGCUCGACACCCGUCAGAGCCUGCGUCUCAGAUGAAACGCCGUGCCGGAACGGGGGUACCUGCUACCAGUCCACCACUGGAGAACUUGGCUGUGUUUGCGCCCCAGGUUUAACGGGUCACUUUUGCGAGGUUAACAUGGAUGACUGCGAUACGAAUCCAUGCGGCGUCCUCAGCAUAUGUCAGCAGACCCUGGAAGGCUACAGCUGCUACUGUGCACCUGGUUUCAUAGGGAACAAAUGUGAGAUUGAGGUGGAUGAGUGCCUGAGUCUGCCCUGUCACAACGGGGGCUCCUGUAUCGAUGAGCUGAACUCAUUCAGCUGCCAGUGUCCUUCUGGGACCACAGGCAAUUACUGUGAAAUCAACAUAGACGAGUGUGCCUCUUCUCCCUGCCUGCAUCACGGGACGUGUAUCGACUUGGCCGACGGCUUCCACUGCGUCUGUUCGCCCGGCUUCACCGGUGCUGAAUGUGACCUUGACAUUGACGAGUGCUCCUCUUUUCCGUGUAAGAACGGAGGCUCCUGCAUUGACCAGCCUGGUAAUUACCUGUGCCAUUGUGUGGCUCCCUUUAAAGGCCAGACCUGCGAGCUGCGGCCGUGCGAGGCCAGCCAGCCGUGCGAGAACGGCGGCGAAUGCGUGGAGGAGCGCGACGGGGACCUCUUCCCCCUGGGCUUCCGCUGCAGCUGUCGCCGCGGCUACACGGGGCACCGCUGCGAGACCAACGAGGACGAGUGCCGCUCCAACCCGUGUGUCAACGGGUUCUGCUACGACGCGGCAGACGGGUUUUACUGCCUGUGCAGCCCCGGCUUCGUGGGAUUGCGAUGCGAGAACGACGUUGAUGAUUGUGUAAGCAAUCCCUGCAACAACAACUCAUUAUGCAGGGACCUCCACUUGGGCUACGCGUGCGAAUGCCGCGCGGGCUGGGAGGGCCCCCACUGCCAGCGCGAGAUCGACGAGUGCGCGUCGCAGCCGUGCGCCAACGACGCCACCUGCGUGGACCUGCUCGGCGGCUACAGGUGUGAGUGCAGGCGGGGCUGGGCCGGCCCGGGCUGCGCGCUGGACGUGGACGAGUGUGAAUCGGGGCCCUGCCUCAACGGAGCCUCGUGCCGGCAGGCGCCCGCGCCGGGGGACUUCCUCUGCACCUGCGGCCCCUUCUUCACCGGGCCCCGCUGCGGCGACCCCCACGACCCCUGCGACCCCGCCCACAGCCCCUGCCUGCACGGCUCCGCCUGCCUGCCGCUCCCCGACGGAGGCGCCUCCUGCAGGUGUCCAGCUGGGUACGAGGGGCUCCGGUGUGAGACGGACACAGACGAGUGCCGGGCCGCGCCGUGCCGGAACCAGGCCCGCUGUGUGGACGGGGUCAACGGCUACAGCUGUGACUGUACGAGCGGCUUCUCGGGCCUUCGCUGUGAGCAAGACGUCAAUGAGUGCGCGUCGAACCCCUGCCAUAACGCUGGCGUCUGCCGAAACCUCGUCAACAGGUUUGACUGUGUGUGUCCCCGAGGCUACUUCGGCACGCUGUGUGACCUGGACGUGGACGAGUGUGUGGCUUCACCUUGCCUGCACGAGGGCAUCUGUAUCAACAAGCCGGGGGGCUUCGAGUGUGUCUGUCUCCCUGGAUACUCAGACACCCCUAUUCACAUCCCAGCGUUCACGGGGACCUCCUAUCUAAUGCUGGAGCCCCUCGCUUCAUUCCUCCAGCCUCAGGGGCCCGGCGAUGAUCCCCUGGCCCCCGGCCGGGCCAGCGCCGUGGGGCUUUAUCUGACACUGAAGACCCGGGCCACCCAGGGAACCGUACUCUACACCCAGGAACAGGGUUUGGGAGACCGCUUCCUUCACGUGUUCCUCGAGGAUGGAAGGGUUGCAGCCCGCCUGGGAUGCGUGGGUGGAGCUGGUGGAGUCACACUAACCGCCACCUCCGACCACAACAUCGACAACAACAGAUGGAUACCUGUCACAGUCAGAUACCAGCUGCCCGUUGGAGGCCCGGGAGGUGUGUGCACAAUAGAACUCGCUGUAGGUAACGCCACAGCCAAACAUCUGGAGGAACGCGUCUCAGAGGCCACAUCUGAGGCGGCCAUGGGCCCCGUGUUCCUGGGGGGCCUGCCCCCCCACCAGGCCCCCCACCAGGCCAGAGGGGUCCGGCCGUUGGUGGGCUGCGUCAGAGAGCUCCGGGUCAACGCCCGUCCCGUGUUCCUGCCCCGCGAGGCCACGCUGGGGAGGAACGUCCACAACUGCGACCCUCCCGCCUGUCAGCACCGGCCGUGUCGUAACGGGGGGACCUGCGUCGGCUGCGCCGCGGAGGACUGGUUCUGCAAGUGUCCGCCGCGCUUCACCGGCGAGCUGUGCCAGUUCAGCGCCUGCCAGCGGGACCCCUGCGGACACGGGGCCACCUGCGUCCCCCGGGCCCCCCAGGGGGGGGCUGUGUGCCUGUGUCCCUACGGGAGACGGGGCCUCCUGUGCGACGAAGCCAUCAACAUAACCCGGCCCAGGUUCGGCGGCGACGGCGGCGCGCUGGGCCACACGUCCUUCCUGGCCUACUCCCCCGUCCCGGGCCUCAGCGCCUUCUACGAGAUCCGGCUGCGCUUCACCCUCGCCAACAACGCCUCGGCCAUGAGGGACAACCUGGUCCUGUACUCUGGGCAGAAGGGCCGCGGCGAUGACGGGGAUGAUUUCUUGGUGCUGGGACUGCGGAACGGCCGGGUGGUUCAUAAGUUCAACCUGGGAUCGGGAGUGGGAGCUAUCGUCAGCGAUCGACUCAACAGCCAGCUUCACAUUCACAGCGUGGUGUUCGGGCGGUCUGGGAGAACAGGCUGGCUCAAGGUUGACGGGCAGCGCAACAGAAGCGGCUCCAGUGGCGGGGCGCUGGAGGCUCUCAACCUGCCCCCCCAGCUCUACGUGGGCGGCUACAGCGAGUACACGCCCGAGCUGCUGCCUCUGGGGGCCCGCUUCCGCCUGGGCUUCCAAGGAUGCAUAUUUGACGUGCAGUUCCGCACCAAGAGGGACAGGAAGUACCAGAGCCCGGGACGGCCCGCCUUCGGCCGCAGCGUGGGCCAGUGCGGCGUCACCCCCUGUCAGCUGGUCCGCUGCGACCACGGGGGUUCCUGCGUGGACUCGGGUUCCUCGGUGUAUUGCCAGUGUGCGGUGGGAUGGAAAGGAGCCCUCUGCUCGGAGAGGCGCUCUGUGUGUGAUGUGGAGCACAGGCCCCCGCCCCGGUGUGCCCGCGGCUCCGCAUGCAUCCCGCUCCCGAGCGGAUACAAGUGCCACUGCCCCCUGGGGGCGGCCGGGCUGUACUGCACCGAAGCGAUUGCAAUCAGCGACCCAUUCUUCAGCGGCAACCAGUCGUCGUGGAUGUCAUUCGCCCCGAUGAACCUCCGACACAGGACCGUCAUAGAGCUGCAGUUCCAAACACUGUCCCCAGAGGGCGUGCUCGUCUACGUGGCACAGCGUCUCAGCUCCAAAGCCGGAGACUUCCUGUGCGUGUCCUUGACCGCGGGGCUGGUCGAGCUGCGCUACAACCUGGGGGACGCCACCCGCGUGCUGACCGCCGCGCAGCCGGUGGACCUCAGCGGGCGCACCUGGCACACCGUGCGGGCGGGGCGGGUCGGGCGCCGCGGCUUCCUGAGCCUGGACGGGAAGGAGGCGUGGCCUCGGGACGGCGACGCCCCCCCGGGCACCAUGACCACCCUGGACGUGGCCACGGACGUCUUCGUCGGGGGCGUGUCCACGCCGAGCCAGGUGGCCCGGGACGCCACCCGGGACGGGGCCCUCACGGGCUUCACGGGCGGCGUGCGGCAGCUGGCGAUCAACGACCGGGAGCUGCCGCUGACGGAGACGGGCGCGCUGGACGGCGUCAACGUGGGCGACUGGGACGGCACGGCGUGCGGCUACGAGGUGUGCCGCAACGGCGGGAGCUGCCGGGCCACGGAGGAGGGGUCCUUCGCGUGCGCGUGCCCCCCCGCGUGGACGGGCGCCUUGUGCGAGCGGCCCGUGGCGUGCGAGGACCACCUGUGCCGACAGGGCUCCGUGUGCGCCCCCUCCCCCAACGGCGGCGGCGGUCGAGGCUCCUCCCCCUACGUCUGCUUCUGCCCCCUGGGGUGGGGGGGCCGACGCUGCGACCGGCGCCUCGCGGCCAACGCCACGCUGAGGUUCUCGGGGAACUCGUUCCUGCGCUACACCGACCCGCGUUUCCCGGCCCGGGACGCCCGUCGCACGCGGGUGUCCCUGGAGUUCGCGGCGGGAGACCCCGACGGUGUGCUGCUGUGGGCGGGCGAGGCGGGGGACGAGGACGGCGGCGCCGGCGACGACGACGACUUCCUGGCCGUCGGGCUGGAGGGCGGACGCCUCAAGGUGGCCGUGAACCUCGGGGAGAGGCUGUCAGACCCCGUCGCUGCGGGCAACGCCACGGCGGCGUGCUGCGGGGCGUGGCACCGGCUGGACGUCGCCCUGGACGGCACGGCGCUGCGGGUGCACCUGGACGGGGCGGCGGUGGCGUCGGAGGACGUGGACCCCUUCCAGCGCUACCUGGCCUUGAACCACGGGGGGCGCUUUUACUUUGGAGGCUUCGAGCCGCACCGGAGCGUGGCGGCCGUGACUUCCGGGCUGUUCUCCCGGGGGUUUGUGGGAAACCUGAGGAAUGUUUACCUGUACGAGGACACGGAGCCGCUGGCGUUGGUCCAGGACGGCGAAGGUUUCAAUGUGCAGGAAGGUGAUCCGUGAGCCCCAGUGGUCAUGGUGUGAUCCAGAUGUCUCGGACGCCAGCCUUCCGAGUUGCACGUGUGACGUCAUUUCCGGUCUCGGAGCACUUGUAGCGUUCCCGUUUCGUCUUUGUGAUUGUGUCAUGAAAUUGGCUCGUCGUUGUUUAUUGUUAGCUACAUUAGCCUCAAACUCAACACAACUUUACGUUGUGUUGCACGCACAGCAAGACCGCACAAUGCAUCAAUUGGUGUACGGAAUAAAGUAGCAAUGUAAUCAAGUGUGUAAGAGCAUUUAUGAUCGACAUUAAAAUGACCAACGUGGUACAAAUACAAAGAAAAUAACUGUAGGGCCGAGCUCUCUGAGUGGCCAACGACGUGCGACGCGACGUAGGUCGCAUUGGUCGCGACGUAGGUCGCAUUGGUCGCUGUGUGGGUCGCUCGUCUGGCUGCUUUCAGUCGCUGUUUGGCUCGCUCAAAGUCUAUAUAAUCAGUUGAUUUGCAUGUUAUUAACUUUUUUUUUGCGUCAGUUGAAGUAGGCUACCAGAAAGCCAUGCUCUCUGGCGAAAGCUACCUGAAGCUCUUUAGUGCUAAUAUUGUUUUAAUAUUUUUCUAUUUAAGUACAGUUUAAAUUAUGAAAUCAUUGGUCUAUCAGUAGGCUAUUUGAUAAUUUCGACAGUGUUACCCCUUAUGUUUUUUUCCCAUGAUGACUGAUGAAAAACAACAGUGAUACCCCUUAUAUUUUAUUUGAGAAGGACAAUUUUCUUCUUUUUUUUUAUAUGUUUUUUUUCAUUACGACCUAUAAAAUACGACAGUGUUACCCCUUAUAUUUUAUUUGACAAAGACAACAGUGUUGCCCCUUAUGUUUUUUUUCAUGACGACCAAUAGAAAACAACAGUAUUACCCCUUAUGUUUUUUUUCAUGACGACCAAUAAAAAACAACAGUGUUACCCCUUUAUUUAUUUUUUCAUGACGACCAAAGAAAAACGACAGUGUCACCCCUCAUGUUUCAUUUGAUAAAAACGACAGUGUUACCCCCUAUGUUUUAAUGGAUAAAUAUCGACAGUGUUACCCCUUAUGUUUUUUUUCAUGACGACCAAUAAAAUACAACAGUGUCACCCCUCAUGUUCCAUUUGAUGAAAACGACAGUGUUACCCCCUAUGUUUUAAUGGAUAAAUAUCAACAGUGUUACCCUUUAUGUUUUUUUCAAGACGGCCGAUAAAAAACGACAGUGCUACCCCUUAUGUUUCAUUUGAUAAAAACGACAGUGUUACCCCUUGUGUUUUUUUCAUGACGACCAAAGAAAAACAAGUGUUACCCCCUAUGUUUUAUUUGAUAAAUAUCGACAGUGUUACCCUUUAUGUUUUUUUCCCAUGAUGACUGAUGAAGAACAACAGUUAUACCCCUUAUAUUUUAUUUGAGAAAGACAAAUUUUAUUUUUUUAAAUAUGUUUUUUUUCAUUACGACCAAUAAAAUACGACAGUGUUACCCCUUUUAUUUUAUUUGACAAAGACAACAGUGUUACCCCUUAUGUUUUUUUUCAUGACGACCAAUAAAAAACAAGUGUUACCCCUUAUGUUUUUUUUCAUGACGACCAAUAAAAAACAACAGUGUUACCCCUUAUGUUUUUUUUCAUGACGACCAAUAAAAAACAACAGUGUUACCCCUUAUGUUUUUUUUCAUGACGACCAAUAAAAAACAACAGUGUUACCCCUUAUGUUUUUUUUCAUGACGACCAAAGAAAAACAACAGUGUUACCCCCCAUGUUUUAUUUGAUAAAUAUCGACAGUGUUACCCCUUAUGUUUAUUUCAUGACGGCCGAUAAAAAACAACAGAGUUACCCCUCAUGUUUUUUCCAUGUUGACCAAUAAAAAACGACAGUGUCAACCCUCAUGUUUCAUUUGAUGAAAACGACAGUGU